AACGACGCCAUCACCACCACCCGCAGCUACACCCGCAAUGGCCUCCAAGCUGACCCCGUUUGUGUUCCGGAGCGGCCCUCGGGCCUUGCGACAGCUCCAAAGGACUCAAUGGCGGGCCUUUAGCGUCACAGCGCCCUCGCGAAGCGACUCCCUCAUGGUGCACCGGAAUACGCCAGAGAAUAAUCCGUCGAUACCGUUCAAAUUCACGCCGCAGAAUGAGCAGCUCAUCCAGGAGAUCCUCGCUCGAUACCCCUCACAGUACAAGAAGGCGGCUGUGAUGCCGCUUCUCGACCUUGGGCAGCGACAGCACGGUUUCACAAGCAUCAGCGUCAUGAACGAGGUGGCUCGGAUACUGGAGAUGCCUCCAAUGCGCGUCUACGAGGUGGCGACCUUCUACACCAUGUACAAUCGGAACCCGGUGGGCCGAUUCCACGUCCAGGUCUGCACAACGACACCGUGCAUGUUGCGCGACAGUGAUGCGGUAAUGAAGGCCUGUGAGGAUUUUCUCGGCAUCCACCACGGUCAGACAACCAAAGACGGCCUUUUCACAUUUACCGAAGUAGAAUGCCUCGGCGCCUGCGCGAAUGCACCCAUGGUGCAGAUCAACGAUGACUACUACGAAGACCUCACAUACGAUACCACUGUGUCGCUUCUCAAGGCUCUUCAACACGCUGCGGAGGCCACUGGCGCAAAGCCAGGAGAGACCGGCCUUGCUGGCGAAGCUGGCAAAGGCGCCAUCACUGGCGAGGACCGCAACGUUAAAAGCGGAAAUGAAAUCAACGAGCAGGGACGCGCAUAUGAGGCUAGCGGUGUCAAGGUGCCAACACCAGGCCCUCUGAGCGGAAGGAAGAGCUGCGAGCCGGCUAGCGGCUUGACCUCGCUCACCAGCGAACCGCCCACAGGUCCCGAGAUGCUGAGAAAAGAUGGUGCUCUAUGAGACCUGUAUAUAUGAAACACCCGCAAUACCAUUUUCUUUGAAUCAUUCGACCGUUCAGCUCCAAUAUUUGGCGUUAAGAAUUCAACGUGUUCUCGAAGCAUAAGUGUAGCCUCU